UCUAUAGGUCUAGUAGAUCUACUAAAUUCAAAAUUCUGACUACACAAGCUUCGUGACAAGGCAAGCCACAGACUGGAUCUAAUCUAGAAUCUAGAUUAGAAUAGAUCUAGAUCUAGGUCUAGAUCUAGUCGACUUAGUCUUCUUAGUCUAGUUUCUAAGAAGGAGCUAAGACCAGAUAAAGAUGGAAUCUCUGGAGGAGAUGAUGAGGUUUGACAAGGGUAAACUUUCAGCACCAAUCAAAACUGUUGAGGAGAAAUGGAGGCUGCUUCCUGCUUUCUUGAAGACUAAAGGACUGGUCAAGCAGCACAUUGAUUCCUUCAACUAUUUCAUCAAUGUUGAGAUCAAGAAAAUUAUGAAGGCUAAUGAUAAGAUACUGAGUGAUGCAGAUCCAAAUUUUUACCUCAAGUAUCUCAACAUUUAUGUGGGCAUGCCCAAUGUCCAGGAGAGUCUAGGAAUUGCCCAGUCCAUAUCGCCACAUGAGUGCCGCUUGCGUGACAUCACCUACUCAGCUCCAAUAACUGUAGACAUUGAGUUUGUCAGGGGGAAGCAACCCUACAUCAAGAAAAAUGUGGAGAUUGGCAGGAUGCCCAUUAUGUUGAGAAGCUCUAAUUGUAUUUUGACUGGGAAAACUGCUGCAGAGAUGGCCCAGCUGAACGAGUGCCCCAUGGACCCUGGGGGCUAUUUUAUAGUGCGGGGGGCGGAGAAGGUCAUCCUAAUCCAGGAGCAGCUGUCUAAAAAUAGAAUGAUUGUGGACAAAGACAACAAAGGAAACAUUGAAUGUUCUGUCACAAGUUCCACCCAUGAGCGUAAAAGUAAAACGUACGUGUACAUCAAGAAAGGCAAGUUUUACCUCAAGCACAAUAUCUUCUCUGAGGAUAUUCCAGUAGCCAUAGCUUUUAAAGCCAUGGGCGUGGCCUGUGAUCAGGACAUCAUCCAGCUGGUGGGCAAUGAAGAGGAGGCCUUUGAUGCCAUGUCACCCUGUCUGGAGGAGUGCCAUAGGGCCCAGGUCUUCACACCCACACAGGCACUGGAGUACAUCUAUGCCAAGAUCCGCCAGAGAAUGUACGGGACAAAAAAAUCAAAAGCUGAUGAAGCCAGAGAUGUGCUGAAAAAUGUGAUUUUGGCCCAUGUCCCAGUGAUUGAGUGGAACUUUAAGCCAAAAGCCAUCUACUUGGCCCUGAUGGUGCGCAGGAUUGUGCUGACCCAGGCUGGCAAGAUCAAGCUGGAUGACAGUGAUUACUAUGGCAACAAGAGGCUGGAGCUGGCUGGACAACUGCUCUCUCUGCUCUUUGAGGAUCUCUUCAAGCUCUACAACCUGGACCUGAAGAAGGUCGCUGACAAAAACAUCCCAAAGGUCAGGGCCACAGAGUUUGACAUCACAAAGUUCAUGAGGACAGACCCUAUAACCAAUGGGCUGGCUAAUGCCAUUGCUACUGGUAAUUGGACCAUCAAACGGUUCAAGAUGGACAGAGGGGGAGUAACUCAAGUUUUAUCUCGCCUGAGUUACAUCUCUGCCCUUGGCAUGAUGACAAGGAUCAACAGUCAGUUUGAGAAGACCAGGAAGGUCAGUGGUCCGAGGUCCCUCCAGCCCUCCCAGUGGGGCCUCCUGUGUCCAUCAGAUACACCUGAAGGCGAGGCUUGUGGUCUUGUCAAAAAUCUGGCCUUGAUGACACACAUAACUGUGGAUGUGGAUGAAGGACCAAUUGCCAGGAUAGCUGUCAGCCUUGGGGUGGAGGAUAUAGAAAACCUCAGUCGGGAUGAAGUCAGCAGUCCAGAUUUUUAUACAGUUUUCCUCAAUGGUAACAUUUUAGGAAUGACCAGCCACUACCAAAGACUUGUUACUAUAUUUAGAAAGCUGAGGCGUGCGGGCUACAUCAACGCCUUUGUCUCCAUCUUCCCCAACCACUCACACAAGUGUGUUUACAUUGCAUCUGAUGGGGGCAGAGUCUGUAGACCCUACAUAAUUGUCAGCAAGAAGAGGCCACUGGUUACAACAAAACACAUUGAAGAUCUGUGUCGAGAGUUCAGGUGUUUUGAGGACUUCCUUCAUGAGGGUCUGGUGGAGUACCUGGAUGUCAAUGAAGAAAAUGAUUGUAUGAUAGCUCUAUAUGAGUCUCUUAUCACUGAAGACACAACCCACCUGGAGAUUGAACCCUUCACUAUUCUGGGGGUGUGUGCCGGCCUCAUCCCCUACCCCCACCACAACCAGUCUCCACGAAACACCUACCAGUGUGCUAUGGGCAAACAAGCGAUGGGGACCAUAGGCUACAACCAGCGCAACAGGAUUGACACCUUGCUCUAUCUGCUGGCCUACCCACAAGCUCCACUUGUCAAGUCUAAGACCAUUGAGCUGAUCCACUUUGACAAGCUGCCAGCAGGACAGAAUGCCACAGUGGCCGUCAUGAGCUACAGCGGCUACGACAUCGAGGACGCCCUGGUGCUCAACAGAGCUUCACUAGACAGAGGAUUUGGUCGCUGUCUGGUGUACAAGAAACAGACGUGCGCUGUAAAACGCUACGCCAACCAAACGUUUGACCGCAUCAUGGGACCUAAAGUGGACAGGGAAACUUUCAAACCCAUCUGGAAACAUCUGCCCUUAGACCACGAUGGCAUCGCAGCUCCAGGAAUGUGCAUAGAGAACAGGCAGGUGAUGGUCAACAAGGAGAUGCCAACGGUGACUGCACCAAGUCUACAGCCACAGAUGGGGCAGGUCAAACACACAGAGUACAAGGAAACUCCAAUCACCUACAAAGGAUCUGAGCCAUCCUUCAUUGAGCGUGUGCUGAUCACCUCCAACCAAGAGGAAUCAUUUCUUGUUAAACUCUUGCUGAGACAGACCAGGAGGCCUGAGGUGGGGGACAAGUUCAGCAGUCGCCACGGACAGAAAGGUGUGUGUGGGCUGAUUGUCCCUCAGGAGGACAUGCCAUUCACAGACCUGGGCAUUUGUCCAGAUAUUAUCAUGAAUCCUCACGGCUACCCAUCCCGUAUGACUGUGGGUAAAUUGAUGGAGCUACUGGGUAGCAAGGCUGGAGUCUUGGAGGGCAAGUUUCAUUAUGGCACUGCGUUUGGUGGCUGUAAGGUGGCUGACCUGUGUGAGACUUUGAUUGACCACGGCUUCAACUACCUGGGCAAGGACUUUGUCACCUCAGGUGUCACAGGAGAACCUCUAGCUGCAUACAUCUACUUUGGACCAAUCUACUACCAGAAACUGAAGCACAUGGUGGUUGACAAGAUGCAUGCACGAGCCAAAGGACCACGAGCAGUGUUGACCAGGCAGCCCACUGAGGGCAGGUCUCGUGAUGGUGGGCUCAGGCUGGGCGAGAUGGAGAGAGAUUGUCUGAUAGGAUAUGGUGCCAGCAUGCUGUUGUUGGAGCGUCUAAUGAUAUCCAGUGAUGAGUUUGAGGUGGACGUCUGUGGUCAGUGUGGUCUCAUUGGCUACUCAGGAUGGUGCCAGUACUGUAAAUCCUCUAAAGACGUGUCCACCCUAAAGAUGCCGUAUGCUUGCAAGCUGUUAUUCCAAGAGUUGCAGUCCAUGAAUAUUGUACCCAGGCUCUCACUCAAGCGCUACAAUGAGUUGUAGCAUUCACUCCAUCUGGUUGUGUGUGUGU